GCAAUCCCUUUCCGGAAAUCGCCUCGCAACGGUGUGUUUCUUCAUCGACUUGGACCAUCUGAACGAAUCCUUGCCUCGUUUCUCUUCUUCUGUCUCCAUCGUCUCCGUAGACUGUUUGUUUUCGGGCAAAGUUCCCCACGCUCUUGGAAAGCGUCAGGUGCUUGUCGUUUUUCGCGUUGUCCGAUCAAAGGAGAGUUGACGGUUCGCAACUAGCCGGUACUACUGUGUAUGGUGGCCGUUGUGGAGGCUCCUGGUUUGAAUGUGUCGUCAAUGUGCGAUUGACAACGGCUCGAACGCAUGCGUGACCGAUUUGUUCGUGUCCACGCAAUUUGGAGGGAGAGAUUCUUAGGUUGGCGGGAUCAUGAGUGUUGAGCGCGGGAGGUUGUGUAGUAUAAGCGAAAUUGUGGCUGUCAUUCGGGGUAGUCGAUGGUUCGCUGGACAACAGGUGCAAGCAGUCUUGCAAUGGCACUUGUGACGUCGUGUGUAUUCUAGGAGAUAAUUCUUGAGGCGCAGUGGCAACAGGAGAGUGUUUGUUACCGACUCCCAUCUCGAAAGAAACCAUGUGAGGCAUUUGAAUGCAAGUGUGAGCGUUUUAGAAGAGAUCGUCACUGAAUCUGCAGGUUGACGAGCGUAAUCCGAAGUAGGUGGCGUUUGUUUUAUUGGCCUUUCAAUCCACGCAUGCUAGUAUUUGGAGAGUCAUCGUACGAAGCAGAUGCACUUAAAGCGUACUUACGGGUGACCUCUCUAGAGUACAACAUUGCUACGAUUGAUAGAGUGUCCGUUUUCUGGUGGUGAAGUGGCUUUUCGAAGGCUUUGACGAUGGGAAGAACAGGUGCCGGUAACGCGGUCAAACAUUCACCUGUUGUGAAGGAGAAAGUCCGAAUUGGUAUCAAUGGCUUCGGCAGAUUCGGACGCUUGGUGGCAAGAGUCGCUCUAGAGAGAGACGACAUUGAGCUGGUCGCCGUGAAUGACCCUUUUAUUAGCACGGAUUACAUGGCCUACAUGUUCACCUACGAUUCUGUACAUGGCACAAGCUUCAAAUCUGAUAUCUAUGCUCAGGACGCGAACACGCUUUCCUUCGCUGGCAAGAAGGUCGCAGUAUUUGGACAAAAAGAUCUAGCCAAGAUUCCGUGGGGCAAAUAUCGAGCUGACUACGUCGUGGAGUGUACGGGGAACUACACUGACAAAGACAGCGCGGCAGCACACCUCAAAGGUGGAGCCAAGAAGGUCAUCAUAACCGGAUUCAGCAAGGACGCUCCCACGCUCGUGGUUGGCGUGAACGAACGCGACUACAGACCCGAACACAAUGUCGUGGCUAUGGCCAGCUGCACAACCAACUGCAUGGCCCCCCUUGUGAAGGUGCUCCAUGACAGGUUCGGGAUGGCGGAGGCUCUGAUGACCACCGUGCAUUCUCAAACCGCUACGAAGAAGUCCUUGAAUGGUCCAUCGUUGAAAGAUUGGAGAAGUGGUGGCACCGCGGGGUUUAAUCUCAUUCCAAGCUCCACUAGUGCCUCUAAAGCGAUCGGUCGUGUAAUUCCAACCUUGAACGGAAAGAUCCGAAGCGUAGCAUUUAGAGUUCCCACGCCGGAUGUUUCGCUCGUAGACUUGACAGUGAGUCUUAACAGUCGAGUCUCUUACGAAGAGAUUUGUCAGGCAAUCCGUGAGGAGGCGGAGGGGAAGAUGAAGGGCAUCCUGGGCUACAACGAUGAGGACCAUGUCUCCAAUGAGUUCAUUGGCGACACCCGAUCCAGUAUUUUUGAUGCCAAGGCAGGAUUUUCCUUGAGCGACAAAUUGGUGAAGCUUGUAGCGUGGUACGACAAUGAGUGGGGCUACAGUCAUCGGGUGGUGGAUCUCAUCAUGCACAUGUCCUCCGUGCAGCACUGUCGAUACCAUUUUUGAGACCUCGGUCGAAAACUGUAGAGACAUGUAAUACAUUUCCGUACGUGAAACUGUAGAAUGUUGACUUAGGGACAGUGCUGCGAUGGAAACCCACACACACCCUGUCAUUCACGUAGGUAGUAAUAACUAGGGUAAGCAGACUCGAGAAGCGCAGCAACAAAAGCUGCCAAACUGUACUAUAACAGUCACUAGAGGAGGCGAAGCAGUCCACCUCCGAGGAGGGCAGAGAUGUUGGAAUUCCUGUUUCAUCCAGCAGGAUCAUGAGAGCUACUAGCCUUUUUUUCGUUUCUCUCCUGUAGAAUACAAAAGUGGGUACUAUCCGAAGUGCGUCGGCACGUCAAUCUGCGGCGUAUCCUGCUGCUCUUUUAUUCAAGUUAACUUACUGUCUCAACCGAGGCAGAGUAGCUUCUGCACAGAAGCGAAUGAGGAAAAUCUUUUUCCUCUUAUACUGUAAGCCCUAGGAGUUCGCAGUUCUUACUGCAGAAGUGCAAAUUACACCCUAAGAUGUCAAAAAAGCUAUUUAAUUCUGCAUGGAGCCUUUGCCCGUGCUUAUUAUUUGGAAUUUAUGCUUAAAAUUUCGGUGAAUAUUAGGAGGUGGAAACUGUCUUUCAAGGUCAACGAAAUUCAAUUUUUAA